CACAUAUUCAGUUGUAGAGUGCCCCUUUAACUUUGGUUUGCUGCACCCAAUUUAUAUUGUCUGGCACUAGCCCAACCAAGAGCCAUAUCAUGUGACGCACAAAGUUCGUCCUUGCCAAACACACACACUGCAUGCAGUGGAUCAUGCGGUCAGUCGCAACAAUGCAUAUAACCACAUUGUUUGCUAAGUCAAUGAACUUGACUGUGUAUUAUUAUUACACAACACUACUGUGAAUUUGCUGAGCAAACCAAACUAUCUGACUGCAAAGUGCAACUUCGUAAACUGAUAUGAGUCAUACAGCUUGAUACGUGCAGGGGAAAAAAGUGCCUCGGAGUUUUUGAUGCAAUCUCUGUGGAAUCGUGGAGCUGUUACAUUCUUGUAAUAGAAGAAAUGCCUUUAAUUACAAACUUUGCCAUCUUUAUGUGAUGCAUCUGAGAAAUCAUGAGGCAAGGAGAAUGACUCUAGUCUUCGAUCUGUCACCAGCCAAUCAAAACAUCUGUUGUACCGCCAUGAGAACCAAUCAGGAGCUUCAUAACAAAGCAACUGGGUGAGAAAUAGACUGCAGUCGCAUAAUGCCUGGAACUAAUUUGUACUGUAACAAUGAGAAGUGAGUACAAGACGUUGGUGUAGUCCUGAAACAUUUGUGAACAAUUUGAGACUUUUCCAACCCCAGUUGGGUACGUGGAACGUUCCAAGAUGGAAUCAAGUAUCAGUUCUCCUAUGUCAGAGGUAACACGAGCGACUGACCUUUCACCGUGUUACAACACGACACGGGAAGAACAAGUGCUGGACAUGCUGCACUAUGUUCAUGCUUUCUUUGCAUCUCUCAGCGUGUUUGGCUCCUUGUCUGUUAUCGUCUAUGCAAUGGUCAGAAAAGUUGUCAAAACAUCAGAGAUCCGUCCCCUGUUCCACCUAGCCAUAGCCGAUCUAGGCCUGGCCCUUUGCUGGCUUGUGGGUGCCAUCCUGUGGAAUAUUCCCUUUGAUGGAGUGGGUUCCGUGGGCUUCCGGGUCUGCACUGUGCUGCAGGCCGUCACCGAGAUGUUCAACGUCAUCAGUUUCUUCCUAACGGUCAACUAUGCACUGAACGUGUACCUCAGGUUGAAAGACAGACACAACAGAGCAAAGAAACUGACCCUAUUACAUACAAUGACUUCAAUGAAGUGGAUAAUGAGGCUAUUUUAUGUCAUUUCGUGGUUACUACCCAUCGCUGUCAUGACACCAGUCGUGGUGGUGCACAAUCGCCUGCGAGCACAGGACCCAUGCACCGAGUGUUUGGUGCUGUUUUUCAAGCCUUCUGUUCAAGGGAAUAAUGGGUCCUUCGAAUCUUGGUCCUGGGCACACUACGGAGCGAUCUUCUUUGUGGUUUCAUUACUUUUAAGUAUGGUGUCUAUUGUGACAUUCUAUGUUUUGUCGGCGAUAGUUUACCGAAAACUCAUGAAGGGUAAUGUUUGGACCAACAAGCAACGCAGGGCGCUAGUAGAACUGUGCAAGCGUAUCUCCUUCUACAUAGCUGCCUUCGUCAUCUGCUGGAUCCCUGCCUUGGUCUUGAAUGUUAUGGAUCUCUUCUGCAAAGACGGAGUGUCCUUAAUCACAUUUGAUUGGCUGUAUGUCCUACAGGGAGUCACAGCCCCGAGUCAGGGCUUCUUAAACUGCAUCGUCUACGGCUGGACUCGAACCACCUUCCGCAUGGCCAAAUCCCCACAGGACAUGAGGCCCAUCCUCAAGCAGAGCUAUCGUGUCUACGGCACGGCAAGGUUCCCCAGGAUACCGACCUCCAGGCAACAAGCCCCAUCAAUAGCCUCAGAUUUCUCGGACGAUACCUCGACUGGAGGGGCUCCCAUGUCAAAUAUGGAGGUCCCGUCACCAUGAAAUGUCAAAAGUUGGAACGUCCGUACAUUAAGUAGAAGUAUGAAACAAGAGCCAAUACAGCCCAUCAGGCCGGCAUUUAUCUCGUUUCCUUGGAAUGAAACGACUGAGAAUAUUUCUAUUCCGCCUGGAUGCAGUGCCAGUCAAUUGUAAUGCUGGUACCCAUUUAAACUCCAGGGUGGAGAGAGGAUAUUGGGGUGAAGUGGCUUGCCCAAGGACACAACAUACGACCAGCAGCUGGAUUCGAACCCCUGAUCCUCUGAACGUGAGUCACGAACCCUAACCACUAGGCCACACUCCCCAUUUGGGUUUGGCUCUCUCAAAAUGAAUUUUGAAAUUGCUAUUUUAGUUUUAACCGUUACAAGUUGUCAACAUUUAUUUUAGCUUUUGCUAUACAUGUGGGAUACUCAUAUUGCAGUUUGAAAGCAGGGCAGGACCUUCUCUGCGUGAAUCGUGCAUUUUUGGUUUGUAUUGGUGUCCCGUUUGUAUUUUUCAAGUAGAUUUGUACAACACAAAUUUUAAAUUUAGAGUUUGCAACACUUUUGUAACUUUGUCUUGUUGUGGUGCCACCAGAACUUAUAGAUCAAGAUCUAACAAAAAUUAAGGCUUAUGACUAGCGCCCUUUGAACAAAGACAUUGACUAAAAUGGGGAUCUGCCAUCAUAGAGCUGGAUAGCUCAGUUGGUAGAGCACUGGAACGGUGAUCCAAAGGUCGCAGGUUCAAACCCCGCUCUAGUCAAUUUCUUUAUUCAACCUUUUUGAACCUCUUUGAACAUUUCUGAGGGUUAGGAAUUUUAGGAAACUUAUUGGAAAUUUAAAGAAAUUAUUUUUUUGAGUGUUUCUUUGGCGGAAUUAUCACCAAAGUGAAAAAAAAGCGGUUUACCAGUUCUGCAGAUAUGCAUGCGGCAAAUUAUGUUUGAUUUUAUAGAGCCAGCCACAACUAUGUGUUUGAUAUCCCAAUGAGGAAGGUCUAAUGUGAUAUUAAGGGAAUAAAUGUGUGUUCGGUCGGUAUUAAACACUCUGUUUAAGACCAGUGGGAGUCUGGAUGGGUGAUAAUUACCCAAGGCAAAGCCGAGGGUAAUUACCACCAGUG